UGUUUCUAUUUCCGUGCUAGAUAUGUCCUCUAUAUAAGCACCAACAAAUUUUAUAGAAAUGCAAGCUUCAGUCUUGAUCAGUUCUUGGGUACUGUAGUUUCUUUCUCCUUGAUCUCAUGGCUCUUUCUCUUUGUUUGUCAUUUUACUUUCUUGGGUUUCUUGUUUUAGCCAUUGAAGUAACUUCAGUUUCAACAAAUCACUCAUCAUAUGAGAUUGGUAAUAACAAUAUGGUUAUGGAAGAAGAUGAACUUUCAGGUCUAUUUGAUGUCUUAGGUUCUCUGCUUGAUGAUCCUCAAUAUUGGGCAAAAAUGCACCCACAGCCAUGCACAGACACACCAUGGCCUGGUCUUCAAUGUGAGAUUGACGAUGAUGGUAUUUUUCAUGUCACCAAGAUUCAUUUUGGUCCUGACAUUGUUAACCCUCCUUGUAAACCUUCAGCUCACUUGUCAAAUUCAUUGCAUAAACUACAUUACCUUAAAUUUCUCUCAAUCUUCAACUGUUUUCUAACAUCACCAGUCAUUCUCUCUUCUGUUACUAGUUUUGUCUCUCUUUCUAGUUCAUUGGAGCAUCUCGCUCUCGAUUCAAAUCCGUCGCUCGUCGGAAAGAUUCCUACAAGUUUAGGACAAGUUAAGAGUUUAAGAGUUUUAAGCCUGUCUCAGAACAGUUUACAAGGGAAUUUUCCUGAUGAGCUUGGUAACUUGGAGAAUCUACAGGAGCUCGAUUUAAGUUAUAAUAAUAUAAGUGGUGAAAUACCUGAGAAAAUUGGUGGGCUAAAAAGCUUGAAUAUUUUGGAUUUAAGCUGGAAUAAUCUUCAAGGGCAGGUUCCUUGUUCUUUAAGUCACCUUCAGAAUCUACAGAAGAUUGAUUUAACCUCCAACAAGCUAAUCGGAAUGAUACCGUCAGAUUUAGGGUUUCUAAAGAGGUUAGUAUUGCUUGAUUUGAGCCAUAAUUAUAUAAAUGGACCAAUUCCUGAAACAUUUUCAGGUUUACAGCAAUUACAAUACUUGAUAGUUGAUCACAACCCUAUAAACUCAGGGAUACCUUUAUUUUUAGGGUCACUAAAAAAGCUUAAAUCUAUAAGCUUCUCAGGAUGUGGAUUAACAGGUGAAAUACCAAAUUCCUUAUCUUUAUUGAAAAAUCUCACUGCCUUAUCUCUAGAUAAUAACAGUCUUAUUGGUACAGUUCCUUCAAGAUUAGGGUUACUACAGAAUCUUGAUCUGUUAAAUCUUAGCAAUAAUCAGCUAAGUGGAGAACUGUUACUUGCAGAAGAAUUCAUCAGCAGAAUUGGUCAAAGAUUAGAUGUUAGAGGGAACAAUGGGUUGUGUGCAAGUCAAGAAAUGUACAAGAAGAAGAUGAAAAAUGUUUCUGUAAAUCUUGAUAAUUGCUUGGGUAAAAUGGAUAAUAUUGGUCAGCAUAUAUUUAAAGAAAACCCUAAUCAGAAUGAGUCCAAGGGAUUACAAUCUUCUUCUUCUUCUUCAUUUUCAAAGUACAUUUCUAAUUUUUGUCUUUCUGUAAACUUAUUAUAUAUAUUUUUCUUUAUCCAGUAGAAUAUAAUAUAUAUGGGUUUAUUUAGUAUCAUAUGGAUAAAAAAUUACAUUGGGUAGGGAUACUAUAUUGGUGAAAUUUGAAUAUAGAAAUU